CAGUGGAAGUGUAGCGUCAGCUAGCUAACCAGGCGAUGUGCUAACACAUGGAUUAUGCCCCAUAAAACAGCGAAUAAAUGCCACCAAAGAGAAAGGGACCUUUGCAGCUUGUCCAGAGAGAAGUGGACGAAACCAAAAAACAGGUUGACAGUCUGGUGAAGGAUGUGCUUAGUCAGGGCGGAUCUACUGAAGAGGCAUUUCGGAGAUGUCAAGAACUGCAGAUGUCGGCAGAGGAGACACUACGGACACUGAAGAAACUGACAAAGGCUGAUGAGCUGGCUCCGGUGGGAAACUAUGACCAGAGGAAACAGGAAGAGGAGAGACGACUGCAGAACAUCUUGGAGCGUCUGAACACACUCUCUCUGGAGCUUUCACCACCAGGACCAAGCACUGUUGCAGGGUCUAUAGUGACAGUGAUGAUGAAGAUGCAGUACGAUGAUGAUGAUGAUGAUGAUGAUGCUGAUGCUGAUAACGAUGGUGAUGAGGAUAAAGAUGAGAGGCGAGCUGUGAAACCGCCAUCUAUGUCAGACCCUCGCAUAUACACAGUCCUCAGUGAUUUCAAAGGAGAACAGGAAGGAGAUUUGUCUGUUCAGAGGGGGGAGGUGUUGAGGAUUAUCAGGAGGACAGCAGAUGGAUGGUGGCUGGCUCAGGACACUAAAGGCAACAGAGGAGUGGUUCCAAAAACCUACCUGAAGCUUGGCUCUGGUGUUGAUGAUGAAGAUGAUGACAAUGAAAAUGAAGAGGAAGAUGAUGGUGAUGAUGAAAAGGACGAUGAUGAUGAAAAUGAGGAGGAGGAAGAAGAAGAUGGUGAAGAACUGACUGAUGAUGGAGACAAACCGAGUGGGACUUCACACUCCAACUGGUCUACGGUGAGGAAGGCUCUGACUGAGAUUGAUGCAACAGAUGUGCUCUCUGCCAUGGGGGCCAUACCUUCAGGAUUCAGACCGUCAACUCUCAAUAAACUGCUGGUGGAGGAAGGUGUAACAUACAGAGGAAGUCACCAUAUUCAGCCUGAGCUCAGCCAAUCACAGCUCUCCUUUAAAGACCUCUUUCUGGACCCAGACACUGGCAGAGUUCGUGCUCGGCAGGUUCGGACUUGUGUUUGUUUCACUUUGUGGAGCUGCAGGAUGAUUCCCACUCCUGGGGUUGGUGUUCAGGUCCUCAGCAGACACAUCCGCCUCUGUGCCUUUGAUGGAACUCAGGUGUUGAGUAACAUCCACACAGUGAGGGCAACCUACAACUCCAAAAGCCCCAAGACCUGGAGUUUCUCUCCAAGAAUGACAGGUAUCCUACCCACCCUCCUGGAUGGAGACUGUUUCCUGCGCUGCAACUCUGCAUCUCCUGACCUCGGUAUCCUCUUUGAACUGGGAGUCACCUUUAUACGGAAUUCUACAGGUGAGAGAGGAGACCUGAGCUGCGGCUGGGCUUUCCUCAAACUGACCGAUGACACUGGAAAUCCAGUCCCAAACAGGACCUAUGAGCUGCCAGUGAACGGUGGCACUCCCUAUGAGAGAGAUGUAGCAGUGGAGGCUUCAGUCACAAGAGGAUCUCCAGCUGGUGUUUUCCAGCAGAUGCUUCAGGCCAGGCGGCAGCCCAAACUGAUUGUAAAGUUGAAAUCAGCCAACAGCAGGACCAGAGUGCAGCUCAGUCUCCUCCCAGACACUCUGCUGCACUGUUUGAGCUGUGUCCAUCUGCUGGCUCUACAUAGACAGCUGCUAGCUGACACACUACUGAUGGACAGGCCUACUAUGCAGAAUGCAGAUCUGAUAUGCAGUCCUAUACUUUCUACCUUCCCUGUGCUGUUGGACCAACCAGACCUGCUGGAUGUCCUAAGGAGUGCCUGGUUGGAUGCUGAGACCAAUAUGAGCAGAGCACAGAAGAGAGACUUGUCUUUUCUGAAACAGGAGUUUGCUAAAGUCUACAUGUCGUCUGCCUAUUUCCUCCUUCACUCACCUCGGCUGCCCUGUCUUCGCUGGGCAGACCCUCCCUCAGAGGAGCAGCGGGCCAGAGUCAUCUACGCCACCCUGGACUCUCUCAAACACACCCAGCACACCACCAGCCAAUCAGGAGGUCCAGAGGUCUUUGUUGACCCCAUGCAUUCUCAUCUCGCAUUUGAUGUCACAGAGUUGACCUUUGACCUCCUGCAUGUAGCACGGUAACAAUUAAUGAUGCUUAGAGAGAAGGUACAAUUUGAUUAGAGUUGAGAGUGUUUAUAUAAAAUUUGAAAUUUUAAUUUAUUGUAUUCUAGAAAUCAGUUUGGUCUACUAAAUUGAACAAAUCCUUUAAAUGUGCCAUAAAUACAUUUUGGAACAUCCAUCCAUCCAUUAUCUACACCACUUAUCCUUAAGGGUCACUGCAUUUUGGAGUAUUUUUGAAAUGUUCCACCACCAGGAUAAUGCCGGUGGUGUUGUGUAGUUUUGUUACUGUCAAUAAAUCCCAUGAAAAGACCAAAAACAAUCAUAAGUUAGCCCAUUUCUCAAUACUUUCCAGCUCCCUCACCUUGUCUGUGGCUCUUACUGGUUCUUGCUGAAGAUGUCAAUCCUUAAAAAACUGACUUUGCCCCUCUUAAAGUAAACACAGGUUAAAGGAAUAAGUGAGGAACACUUUGUACCAAGACCAAAACAGAUUUCUGUAAUAAUAGAACCAACUGUGACAUUAUUAGCAUGUUUUGAUAUCUUUAUUUACUGCCAAAUUGUUCUAUUUUGUAAUAAACAUUUUAUCAAAAUCA